UUCACUUCCUGUUUCGCUGAGUCGGGCUCGGACCCUCCGGAUAGUCUCCGUGUCUCCGGUUCCUCGGCGGCUCCUCCGAGAAUCUGCAGCGGGGAUCCCGAGCUUCCUCCGCCGCCGGAGACACUCCUCCUGCGGGGCUGCGACUGGGCCCGAGCUCCGGGGCCGAGCUCCGGGGCCAGUGAUGGCGGACGGGGAACGGUCGCCGCUCCUGUCCGAGCAGCACGACGGCACCAACGGCUUCUCUCCCGGGGGCAGCGGGCUCGGACCUCCGGGUAAACCUCACAGUUUGGCGCCGUUCCCCAGCUUGGUGGCGCCCGGGGACGCUCCGCCUCCCUACUCGCCUCAGGGCAGCCCGGACAGCGGCAGCGCUCCGGUCAUCAGCUGCCGCGUCUGUCAGAGCGCCAUCUCCGUGGAGGGCAAGACGCACCAGCACGUGGUGAAGUGCGGCAUCUGCAACGAAGCCACGCCGAUAAAGAACGCCCCCGUCGGGAAGAAGUACGUCCGCUGUCCAUGCAACUGUCUUCUGAUCUGCAAAGUCACGUCGCAGAGGAUCGCCUGUCCGAGGCCGUACUGUAAACGCAUCAUCAACCUGGGACCAGUUCACAUCGGGAGCGACAGUCCUGAACCGCAGCAGCAACCCGUCGGCAUCAGGGUCAUCUGUGGACACUGCUCCAAUACAUUCCUGUGGACGGAGUUCUCAGACCGGACCUUGGCCCGAUGUCCACACUGCAGAAAAGUCUCUUCUAUUGGCCGGGGGUACCCCAGGAGGAGGAGCCUGCUCUGCUUCCUGCUGUUCAUCGUCCUCGCCGGCGCCACUGCAGGACUCCUGUUCGGGACGUGGACGCCUGCACAGAACUCUAAAGGGAUCUACGUGUCCUGGGCGCUGCUGAUCCUGCUCGCUCUCUUCACCAUGGUGAGAACCAUCUACUGGAGGUGUCUGAAAAUCAGCGAUCCAAUUUCCAACAUCGCGUAGAGGGAGAGGAGAGGAGAGGAAGGAAGGAAGGAAGGUGAGGAGAGAAGGAGCUGAGAAGGAAAGCAGUAGGUUGUGUAGUUUAAACCGAGAAGCAGAAGCCAGAGUCGACUGCAAAAACGAUGAAUCAUGGACAAAAAGAGCGACGGCCGGGUCGGAGGAACGAUUUACAUUUCACAAAUGCUUCACAUUCAUGCCAAAUUAAAUUUGAGCUGCUAAUUUGUCAAAAAACUCGAUCACUAGUUUGACCCUGCGACUUCCAUUGAACUCCAGAAAGUGUGGUUUCUGCAGACGAGUGGAAAAAGAAGAAGAGGGUCACUGGAGGGAAGAGAAAAACAUAUUUAACUAAUCUUCAUUGUUGGACUAACAUGUUGUUUCAAAGCCUGAUGCUGCUACGCUGUUUUAUUUCAAGCUGUUAUUUUCUCACUGAAAAAAGGUCCAUUCGAGAUCAUAAAGAUGAUUGUGUGUUUAGACUAAAUCUGGUGAGUGGGUUCCAUCUCCUGUGAGAAGAACUGACUGAGAGACACAAACUAUCACAAUCAGCUGAAGAGUGAAGCUGAACUGAGAUCAGUUAACACUCAGAAGUUAUUAAAAGAAGAGUCCAGGAAACACCUUUGGAGAAUCAGUGGUUAAUGCUUUUUAUUUUUGAGAAAUACGACAAAAAACAAAGCAAAAAAUGAAACAUUGAUUUAAGUUACAAGACAAAUACUCGAUUACUUUCAGGUGUCGUGGAUUAAAGUUUCUGGAGAUUAAAACUCUUCAGUGAAUCAGUGAUGAAGUUUGUCUGAGAUCAGCUGACAUCUAACAGGGGAGAAGAAAUAACUAGUCAGCAGUUAAUCAGCUUCUUAUCACUCUGUGAACUCAUCAACCACAAAGUAAUCAAAUAUCUCAGUAACCACACAAAGUCAAAGUGCACAUAUCGUUCAGAAGACAGAGAGUGUGAAGUGUUUGCUUUUGUUUUGGGGCAUUUUUCAUUAAAAGGUUUAUUUCAAAUGAACUGACUAACACAUUUGGAAAGAAAAACACUAUAAAAGGCUUCUAACGAAAAACAGGCAGAUUGAUGCUGGUAAAACAUAACAAGCAUUCAUACAUAUAUAAUAUGUUCAUGCAUAAUUUAUAUACAUAUGUACAUAAUGAGGGAAAGUCAGUGACACUUGAAUUGAGGCAUUAACUGAGAAAAACCUCGUCUUUCUUUAUGUGUUUGAAGAGCUGCGUGUUCAUCUCACAGGGAUUCAGGGGAAUUUAGAUUUUAUUUUAUUUUCAUGUGUUUAUGUUAAAUGAUGCAUAAGACAAAAUGAUACAUUUAGAAUUAAUUAUUGUGGCCAAAAGAAUUAAUGUUAACAAAAUUGUAGCAAUAUCUAUAAAAAGUUUUAAUAAUGGUAAUCAUGAUACUUUCAGUCAAUUUCAUCUCGAACAUUUUUACGUGUGUUUUAUUGCAUUUUUUUCAUAGAUUUUCCCCAUUAUCCAUUAAAUCAUUAUAAUUUUUAAUUUAUAAUAGCCACCUGCAUACAGUGCUCAACACAGAUGUGUCAUAUCAACACUAUAUCAACACAUUAUUUUUAUUAUUACAGUUAUUGUCAGUAAGUGGACGUCGCAUCAGUGAACUUUCUAAACACAGAAGUGCAGUUUUUCCGCUGUUUGAUUUAAUUCUGUGAUUUGUCGUCUGAAGGAGUGAAGCUGAACUCGUGACAAUAGUAAAAACCUGUUUGUGUUAAAGUGUAAAUAUGAAUCAGUUGAUUAUUUUGGGACUGUACAGAAUUAUGAGAGCUCCCCUUGUGGCCGAUCUAUGUAAGUACCCAAUGACUGUGAAACCUGUUGCACUUGUACUCGUGUACUAUUACUGUAUGUUCUCGUCAUUCCGGUGGAUGGGUUUUGUUUGUUUUUCUUAAUAUUGUGGAACAAAUUAAUACUUUUAACAACGUC